AUGAGAUUGAGUCCUUCUGGGCUUCAUUCACGCAAAAAAAUUUAUUCUUUAAGUAUUUGUCCCUUCACUUUCCUGAUUCUUAUUCCAGCCAUAAUUGUUGUGGCUUUUAUUUCCGAUUUCACUUGCAGGCUCGGAGCCGACGUCCGAUUUCGACGUAUCGGAAAAGAAACAAUCUAUACAGGUGAUCAUAUCCCUCUGGUUGCCACGGACGAACUGGAAUUGCCAGAUGUUGUUGUCGCGUCGAUCGGUGAUGAUGUAACAAAACGGACUUUGUUGAUUUACGGCCACGUAGAUGUGAAACCGGUCUACGAGGGUGAGAAAUGGACUCACGAUCCGUUCGAUAUGCAAGUGCACGGUGACUAUCUGUCUGGUCGUGGUGUGACCGAUGACAAAGGACCCCUGCUAGGUUGGCUGAAUGCUGUCGAAGCAUUUGUGGUAUGUGUUUAUGGGACGUACGAUUUUCGAGGAGUUGGUGCAAACAUUAAAUUAUAUCUAGACUCUCUGAAGCUCGCAUUGCACGGCAAGGUAUGUUGUACCAGUCUUUUUCGACUGUCGCGUUAUGCACAAUGUGUUGGAACUCCACGGGACAAUAUUUGGCUCCGUAUGUGUCAUAGCAGAUUAGAUAUAUUAUAUAUACUAUAUACUAUUUAUAUAUACUACACAGGGUAUAAAAAGAACAAAUCUGCUGAAUGGAGGGGGAAUAAAAUUGACUACGCGAGAAUAGUCCAAUAA